AUGAAUCCGGGCAAAGCUGCGCCUAGGGGCAAGGCCAAGAAAGAACCUCAAGCUGAACCUGCUACCAAUGGUGCCACCGAAACCGAUGAGACAACAGCUCCUGUCGAGGAGGCGCCUGCUGCUGAGGAGCCCAAGAUAGAGGAGCCUGUCGCCGAAGAGACAAAGACGGAGCAACCUGCCAACGAAGUUGCAACCACGACUGAGGAACCUAAGGCUGAUGAGUCCGCUGCUGAUGCGCCGUCCGAAGCCCAACCUGAAGUCGACGCUGAGCCCACUACUGCACCCAAGGACAACAAGUCAAAGAAGCGCAAGGGAGCUGCUGAAGUAACUGCUGAAACAGCUGCUACUGAGACCAAGUCGGAGGAGAAGAAGCCGUCUAAGAAGCGCAAGGCUGACAUCCCACCACCCCGAGAAGGCGAGCGCAAAUCUGGUCGUGGCGCUCAGAAGGCUGCACCAACCACUGAGCAACUCCUGAACUAUUUGCUUUCUCCCGCCUCCACCGAGCUCUGCCGCCCCGACGACGAGUCUUCGGUGGUUGAGUCGCAGGGUGCAGAUUUCAAGACCUACUCCUCCUCUGCCCUGUCUGCUUUCGAAGAACUGAUCUGCGCCGUCGUAUUGAGCCGUCCUAUCAGCCACAAGCUUGGCCUUCGCGCCAUCCGCACCAUUCUCAACUCACCUUACUCCUUCACCACUCCCUUCGCUAUUAUCUCUGCUGGCAAGGAAAGAAGGCAUCAAGCCUUGAACGACGCAAAGACUCAGCACAAAGACAAGACUGCUGAGCAGAUCGGCCUCGUUGCCGAUGUAGUCGCCCACAAGUUUAGCAAGAACGACACCGAUACCAGCCUCGACAAACUGCGCGAACAGGCUUCUAAGGGCUGGGACAUGGAGCGUGAUCUGCUGCAAGAGAACAUCAAGGGUCUGGGAAAGACUGGUUUGGACAUCUUCUUCCGUCGUGUACAGUGGCUGUGGCCUGAAGCCUAUCCUUUUGUGGACGAGAAGUCAUCGCGUGGUAUUGAGAAAUUGGGUCUCCCGAAACAUCCGGACGAGUUGGCCAAGGUACUCGAUAGGUACUGGGCUAAGCUUGACACGAGCAAUCUGGAGAAGGGCGACAAGGAGAUGCAGAAGAGAAGGGCCUUUGUUGUGAUCUGCGAGAGAGCUACUAGUGCUGACUUGGAAGGCAAGUCUGAUGCCAUCCUCGAAGCCGCCGCCUCCUAG